AUGAGAAAGCCGUUGGCGAAGGCUCUGGCUGCUUGCAAACACCCCGUCCCAACGGACAGGGCUGUGCGUCGCUGGAUUGGGUUGCCGUUCAACACCACCAGAAGUAGUGUUUUAGCCAAACGCGGCGGAACUUGUUAUUUCGUCCGCCGCCGAUCGAUCGCGACUGCAACGCCACCGAGAUGGGGCAAGGGGGGUGCAUCAGAAGGAGACGACCGCGGCAGCGCGGCAAUUUCGGUCCACGAUAUCGCUGACCUGAACAAGGACAUAUCUGGCUUUGUGGGAGACUUGGGCGAUCCUGACUUCGAUACCAUCCCCAGCCCUCCUCCUGAUCGUGCCGCCUCAGGGUCCCGGCGGGAUGCCCAAGCCGAGAGAGAAGAAAGCCCCGCCGCGUUCCAAGAAUCGCAGCCCCGGCUCACGCUGGCUGAUCACCCCGGAAAAUUCGAGGGGCUCCACGGACAGCGCGACGAAGAAAUCCCGAUGGAUGAUGACUGGUCCACGCCGUUGGUCAAAGGGUACCUGGAGACCGAAGAGCGAAAGAACUCAAGUGGGCUAAGAGCAAGAAGGCCGGUCCUGGUGCUAAACGGACCGGCGUGUUUUAUUGCUGGGACACUAGCCAGCACCGGAGAACCGCGGGGAGUCGUCGCGAGUUCAAUGGAGGACGCCGCCCAAGAGUUCAACCUGUCGCUGACUGUCUGCACUUCGAACCGAGAAGAUGAGCUGUUGGACCGACUUUGCGAGGGGGGGUACGAUGCUGUCGUCUACAACCCCUCAGGGUUCAGCAACCAGGGGUUGCGAGCGGUGGUCCCAACUGCCGCCCAAAUUCACCGAACGAUGACGGACGCAUCUCCUGCAUCAAACAACUCAGGCACCGCCGUUCACACCGAGCCGGCCGACGACGGUUUCCCACAACCGCAACAAUCACGGGUUGAUAAUCCGCGACAGAAAACGUGGGAUGACAACGUCCCGCGACACAGCGGGAGCGGGAGCGCCCUAGAGUACGGUCUAGAGCGUGCGGGAUGCCCCGUCGUCAUCAUUUCACCUGGACGAGAUGGAAAUCUGGGAGCAAACAUGCUGCCAUCCACCAGCCGUGGACCUGAUGUGGACCUCGGGUGUCGCUCGGAGCGAGGAGCGGAAGGAAUAAUCGCAGGAUUUUCGGGGGCUGUUUCUUACCGAUUGGCGAUGGCGGCAGUAUGGAGCGUAUUGGAUGGAUCCCGAUAGCACUGCUGUUAUGCCUCGUACGCUACCCUCGAAUAGACCUGAGACGACGUGUUGGUCCUUCUUUUCACCUGACAACAUGCCGUUCCGGGUGUCUGCUGCCUUUCUAGCAAUCGGGGAAGUGUUGCGCUAAAACCGCAUCCGCUUCCCGGUUUUUCCCGCCAACCCAAAGGCUUCUGCGGUUGCCCUUCGUCUUUUACCAGAGGCGGUGUUCGGCAGCAUUGAUUUGGUCCAGUGACCAGAAUUUGUUUUCGAAAAGUUUCUCGGCAUUUUCGGCGCACCCCGCGCUCCUUUCACUGCUGUCAGGAUCAGUCCUUGUCCACCUCUGAAGAAGAGGUCGUGGGCUAAUGGCAGGGAGCGAGAUACUGCUGUAGAUCGCCAUGCUUUUGCCGCUGCCGUCUACAUGACGAAGUAGUUAUUAUGAACUGUG